AUGGCAAAUAUCAAUCGCGGCCCUGCAAAAUGCUCCUUGACGGGAAAACACGCACUCCUUCCUGCACAUUUUUGCUGGACGUUCGGUCGGGGUUCAGUGAUAUGGCGUAUAUGGCCAGCCGUGCUCCUCCACACGCUGUUUGCAGCUCUGGUUGUUUAUCUCCAACUGAAGGAUUACCUCGACCUACGUAUCCCUAAUGUUAUGCCCACAGUCCUUGGCGUUGUCAUCGUCUUUGUGAUUUCAUACCGUGCUAUGAGCGGUCGCACUGUGGGUCGACUCGUUUGGUUCCAUGUUCCUCCUCGCUUGACGCCAAAUAUGCCUCAGGAGAUUGAGUCUGGUCGGACUGAUCGGUCGCCUGGGGAGAUGAUCAAGGUCAUGGCAGAAAAAAGAAUGGCGUUGGAUCUUGUGGAGACGUUCGCUGUGGCCACGAAGCACCAUAUCAGAGAUCUUGUUCGACCUCUUCACGAUGUACGUAGAAUAUCUCUGUCCAAACCUCUCCAUUUUAAACUUCUCGCGCCCGGCACGAACAUACGGCCGAGCAGAAAGCUGCAGCGCAUCGUAUUGCGUCCAAUCCAUCUCUUCCUCGGGCACAGCUUGUCUUCCUCUAUUCCAUCGACUUCACGUCCCAGCUUUGACACGGAGGAUCCUAUCAUCCCGCCUAUCAAUGCAUAUGGAACAUUCCACCUUUCUAAGCACACUUCCAGCAUUUCUCUCCGGCAUCAACUAAGGCAAAAUACUCCCUCGUUUUCUGUACACCGAGCGCUCCAGCCAUCCCAGCAAAUAAGUAGCGACAAUGUGAUGGACCGAGUCUCCGGUGACCUCAUUCCUUUUUCUGGCUUCUUCAGUACCAUACGUGGAUGGUUCAAGGGAACUAACUAUAAAUCUCUGCUGAGCACUGUUUCUUCCUUCGUAGGAACUGAUCCAUAUGGCGUGGACAGGAGCCAGAGGAAAAGGGGCGGACCCAUACAACCUGUUGUCAAUGGCAAAAAGCAUCGUCCCCGAGUCGCGGGCGGAGGGGAGAACCUUCCUCUAGAGAUUUUGAGGCGCUUGAAUCGGAACACAGUGCCUGGAACAAGUCUUGGAUCUAUGAUUGGACUGAUAGCUUCUAACUCUGUCGAGUUCAAAAUCUUGACGACACCCUUGCCUUUCACUGUAUGGCUUUACCCCUUCUUUCUGCCUUUCCAACUUGUUUCGACGUUUGGCUGGCAUACCGUUUCAGGCGUUUGCAUCGCCGCAUUGAUUUAUCUGGGUUUCCUCGCUGCUGGUGAAGAAAUCGAACAACCUUUCGGUUCGUCACACUACUCCAACAACGACCUCGACCUUGACGUGUUCUGCCACGAGAUAAUUCAUGUCGACAUUGAAAACUUCAAGAAGUCGCCCUGUUUGAAUGCCUAUUCCCAACCACCUCAGGGGCAACAGCCCGUCAGGCAAGGUUCUUUGACCUUGGCCGAAACUACCAACUGCUUGACAAAAGAUCCUGACGAUGAUAGCGACAGUAAUGAUUUCGAGCUCAACGGCAGAAUUGAGGGACUCGGAAGUUCUACUGGGAAUUCCACCGCAUUAUGA